AACACAGAGAGGAACAGAUAGAAGAACAGAGAGAAGAUGUCGUUCAUUAAAGUGGAUCCAUCGUCCGACUUCUCCUUCCACAACCUGCCCUAUGGAAUAUUCUCCACAGAUAAUAAUCCCAAACGCCGCGUCGGUGUUGCCAUUGGAGACCAGAUACUGGACCUCAGUGUGAUCAUGUCCAUGUUCCGAGGGCCGCUGCUGUCCCAACAUCAGGACGUCUUUGACCGGCCCACUCUGAACGCCUUCAUGGCUCUGGGCUGUGAGUCCUGGAGGGAGGCCAGGAGCACGGUGCAGGGGCUGCUGUCAGCCAAUGAGAGCGCUCUGAGGGAUGAUGUCAGCCUCCGCAGCAGAGCGUUGGUCCAUCAGAGUGCAGCGACCAUGCACCUUCCUGCAGACAUCGGAGAUUACACCGACUUCUACUCCUCCAGAGACCACGCCACAAACGUGGGCACCAUGUUCCGGGGGAAGGAGAACGCUCUGAUGCCAAACUGGCUGAGGCUCCCGGUGGGGUACCACGGCAGGGCCUCCUCAGUGGUCGUUUCUCGGACCCCCAUCCGCCGGCCCUCAGGCCAGAUGAGGCCGGACCAGACAAAGCCUCCAGUGUUUGGCCCGUCUAAGCAGCUGGACAUCGAGCUGGAGAUGGCCUUCUUUGUUGGAGGAGGGAAUCAGCUGGGGGAGCCAAUCCCCAUCGAGAAAGCCCAUGAACACAUCUUCGGCAUGGUGCUCAUGAACGACUGGAGCGCCAGGGACAUCCAGGCGUGGGAGUAUGUUCCUCUCGGUCCUUUCCUGGGGAAGAACUUUGGAACAACCAUUUCCCCCUGGGUCAUCCCCAUGGAGGCGCUGUUACCCUUCGCAGAGCCCAACGCCAUCCAGGAUCCAGAGCCCCUCCCUUACCUGCAGCACCUGGACCCCUUCACCUUCAACAUUAACCUGUCUGUGUCACUUAAAGGACAGGACAUGGCAGAUGCAGCAACCAUCUGCAAGACAAACUUUAAGUACAUGUACUGGACCAUGAAGCAGCAGCUCACCCAUCACACAGUGAACGGGUGCAACGUGAGACCAGGGGACCUGCUGGCCUCGGGGACCAUCAGUGGACCUGAUCCAGAGAGCUUUGGCUCCAUGCUGGAGCUGUCCUGGAGGGGCUCUAAGAACAUUGAUCUGGGGGGAGGAGAAACCAGAACUUUCCUGAGGGAUGGAGAUCAAGUCACCAUCAAAGGUUACUGUCAGGGAGAUGGAUACAGGGUGGGCUUCGGACCCUGCGCGGGGACCAUCCUCCCCGCCCUGCAGCACUGAAACACACUUACUGUUACUUAAGUGGGGAUCCUUUAGCGUUUCUACACACACACACACACACACGCACACGCACACGCACACGCACACACACACUGGUCUGAUUACAACUCUUUUCAGAAUAUCUUUUUUAUAUGACAAAACUUGGUAAACAGUCAAUAGGGCAACAUAUUUGCAUUAUUCCAAGUUAAAGAUCGGCCCUAAAAUCCCUGUGUUCCCUCCACUCAUUUGUUUACUUCAGCAACAUAGUGACAUAAUUAUGUAACACUUGCGCUUCUAUUGGCUAGCGUUUCAACACAUUGCACAUGAUAGGCUAAGGGGCUCUAAGCGGUUGACCAAUCGCAACAGAGCAGCUCAGCUAACUAAUCAGAGCAGACUGGGCUCUGGUUUCAGACAGAGGGUGAAAAGAGGUGCUGCAGCACAGGCAGUAUGAGAAAAAUAAAGAGCUUUUUGAACAUUAAAGCAUGGAGACAUGUCCUGGUAGAGGCUCUAACCCUAAUAUUAGCAGAAUGUGUCCUCUUUAAAAUAGUCCCAGAAUGUAAACUGUAUUUAUAAUUUCUUCAGCCCAUUUAAAGAGAAAAAGGUGUCGGUAGAAAUAAAUCAUGCUCAUUUCAUUUAGUUUUCUAAACUGACUUUAAAGGUCACCUAUUAUGCAAAAUGCACUUUUUGAUGUCUUUUAUACAUAAAUAUGUGUCCCCGGUGUGUCAGGAGACUCACAAAGUGUCAGAAAAUAAAACCCUCUCUAUUUUAACCACGGAACUGUGUCUCAGGGCUUCUUAACAUUUAACAAACUGUGAAUGUGUCAUACCCACCUAACGGUAGGAAACUCAGCUAACUGACGAUACGAACCUUUUUUACCGAAACAAAACACAAGUCUCACAAGAAGCGUCUAAAUGAGCCCUUAGCGAAAACGGGCUAAUGCUAUUUCUGCUCAUAACUCACAAAAACGAUCUUUUAUACUUCAUACUAUCUGCACAAACGACUCAGAUUCCACAGAUUCCAUUGGUAUAAGUCUCAUCACUGCACGGCCAGAACUCACUGAGCGAGCAGCCAGAACAGAGCAAGAAAACAACAUCCGUUUUUAAAACCAUAACAAUAAUUACGUCUUACCUUUGCUGUUUUGUGAUCAAAAGUUGUGUUCAAGGGAAUAAAAACGCUGCUGAAGGUUAA